CAAAUCUCUUCAUUCACCUACCAACAUCUUUGUGGGCUCUUCUUCACUGCUGGGAUAAGAAAUCAUCUAGAAGGCUUCAUAAUGUCCAAUGCUGCAGACUCUGAGCAGCCUCCAGAAAUCGCAGAGCAGACAGAGACAAUACCUAUUGCAGACUUGGAACCAUCUCCUGACCUUCCUCCCCCUCCUCCUUCUUCUCCUCCUCCAGCAGAGGAUGAACAGAGCCCAAUUUCUGAGCCCACCAGGAUGAACGGACUUGCUCCUGUGAUCCUGGGACUCUUCAGCCUGCUGCUCUUGAUGUUGUGUGGAUUCUUUGGUUAUCAGUACUUUCAAACUGUGGAGGCAUCAGCAACUAGGAUGAAGAUCCUUCAAGAACAGAUUGAGUCUUCCCGAAACGAAACUGAAAUUAGGAUCCAAAAAGUCCUUGACCAAAAUAAAGAAACCCUAGAGAGGCUCCGAAACCAGAAUGAUUAUCUCAUUGAGGAUUUACGAGAACUAAAGGAGAAACAAGGAGUCAAGCAUGGACCUUCUCUGAAUCACUGGGUUCGGUUUGAAGACCACUGCUACCAUCAAACCAUGGAAAUGGUUCCUUGGUUAAGCUGUUUUGAUCUUUGUGUCUCUUUGAAUGCUACAUUUUUAAAGACAGGAGGGAGUAGAUUGAAGAAUAUCAUGGAAUUAGUUACAGGAAAUCGUACUUGGCUUGGCCUGUCUUACAAGGAGGAGGACAAUGAUUGGAAGUGGGAGGAUGGCUCCUCUCCUUCUUCUGAGCUGGAUUUGCCAAAGCCAAGUUUGGAUUUCCAGGGGAAAUGUGUGUAUUUGAAUUCACACACUGUUGGUACUGAUAACUGCACUAGGUCCUCUUCAUGCUUGUGUGAGAAGACUGUCCACCAAAAAUCAGAAGAAGAAAGUUAAGAGAAAAGCUAUGAAGCUCACAUCUCAAUAAUAUUCCAGAUUCAAGAUCUGCCUGUCUUUAUUCUAUUGUUUUUUCAUGUUAUUUGUAACUUUUUUUUUCAUGGCAGAAAAUCAUAAAUGACUUAAUGAAAGAAGAAGGCAAGGUCUAAAGUUGU